GACAUUUACCAAAGAUUAGAAAGAAUCACGAAAAUAUUUGGCGGGAAAAUUCUAAAUCAUAUGAUUUCCCCUCUGAACUUCUCAUUGUUUCAUUUUACCAAAAAUGGAAUCCGAUUCGAACUCCGACGGUUCUCACGUCUCCGCCACUCCUCCAAGAAACUCAAAACCACCUCCACUAUCACCGGCAUCCCCUCCUCCUCCGCCGCCAACUCUAGUCUCCUCCCUCAAAUCCAGAGCCAAAGUUACCAAAUCCAACUCCCGUUCAAAAAAACCACCUGCGAAACCCUCUCAACCCGAACGCGAACCUGAAACUGAACCUUUCUCUUCACCUCUCUCCUCUCCCCCCUUCCAAAUCUGCCACCGUUUUGUUCAAAAUCACAAUUCCAUUUCUGUUGAAACCCUCCCCGCCGGUUACUUCUCGAAAUCCACUUCUUUCUCAAAAUUAAAGAAAACCUCUCUCAAUUUUGAGGCAAUUGAAAACGAUCCUGGCCCUCCGAUUUCUGCUGGAUCUGAUUCCAAUAACAAGAAGAAGAAGCUUCAUAAAGUUAAUCUGAUAGGUGCUAAUGCACCUUUGCCUCCAGUAAAAUUGCGUAAAUGCAAUAAUGGCAGUGAAGGUAAUUUUGUUAAACUUAAUACGAAUCGGUAUAAUUAUAAACGCAAGUUCAAAAAUAAAAAACGAACCACUUAUAGAAGAAGCCAACGGAAAAAUAAAGCUGAAGAGGAGAGUGAUCUUGAUAAUUUUUUUGUUCCUGAAAUUGUACAACAGAAGGUGAAGGAUGGGAAGGGUAGUGUAGUAAUUGAGGAGGCGGUUUUGGCAGCUAAAGAUGAAGCCUCUGAUGAGAAUUUGGUGAGGUUGUUGAAUGCGAUAUAUGGUUUUGAUUCAUUUAGAGAAGGACAAUUGGAAGCAAUAAAAAUGGUGCUUGAUGGCAAGUCUACGAUGUUAGUUUUACCUACUGGUGCUGGUAAAUCCUUGUGUUAUCAGAUACCUGCGGUGGUUUUGGCUGGGAUUACUUUGGUUGUGAGUCCAUUAGUCGCUUUGAUGAUUGACCAGUUCAAACACUUGCCUACUUGUAUUCAAGGUGGCCUUUUGUGUAGUAGUCAGACUCCUCAAGAGGCUGCUGAAACUCUCAGCUUAGUCAAAGAAGGGGCCAUAAAGGUGCUUUUUGUUUCACCAGAGAGGUUCUUAAAUGUUGAAUUCUUGUCAUUUAUUUCGGCUACUUCUAUAUCCCUUCUUGUUGUUGAUGAAGCUCAUUGUAUUUCUGAAUGGUCACAUAAUUUCCGGCCCUCAUACAUGAGGCUUAGGGCAUCUUUACUUCGUUCUACUCUCAAAGUUGGAUGCAUUAUAGCGAUGACUGCAACUGCCACAACCACAACUUUAAAUGUUAUCAUGUCUGCUUUAGACAUUCCUUCCUCGAAUCUUGUUCAAAAUUCCCAGUUGAGGGAUAACUUACAAUUAUCGGUAUCUUUGACUGGAAAUAGAAUGAAAGAUUUGGUAACAUUGAUAAAGUCUUCCCCUUUCGUGGAUGUCCAGAGCAUCAUUGUAUAUUGCAAAUUUCAGUCUGAAACUGAUAUAAUAAGCAGAUACUUAUGUGAUAACAAUAUCUCGGCAAAGAGCUACCACAGCGCUAUCCUUUCUAAGGAUCGCAGUCGCAUACAGGAGUUAUUCUGUUCUAACAAGAUUAGAGUGGUCGUCGCAACUGUGGCAUUUGGCAUGGGGCUUGACAAGAGUGAUGUUGGAGCUGUAAUUCAUUAUAGUCUGCCAGAAAGCUUGGAAGAGUAUGUUCAGGAGAUCGGGCGUGCUGGACGGGAUGGAAGGUUGUCCUACUGUCAUCUCUUUUUUGAUGAUACCACAUAUUACAAGCUUCGAAGUCUUAUGCACAGUGAUGGUAUAGAUGAAUAUACUGUAAGCAAGUUCCUAUGUGAAGUGUUUACCAACUGCACAUGUGGGAAAAUUUGUUCAAUAAUCAAAGCAUCUGCAUCUCGCACAUUGGAUGUCAAAGAAGAGGUUAUGCUAACAAUUUUAACACAGUUGGAGUUGGGUGAAGUGCAAUACUUGCGUCUAUUGCCAGAGCUAAAUGUAACUUGCACUUUGAAUUUCUAUAAGACUGCCCCAGUGCUGCUGGCUGACAAGGAUAUCGUUGUUUCAGCAAUUCUAAAAAAGUCUGAAACAAGGCAAGGGCAAUAUGUGUUUGACAUACCUACUAUUGCGAAUACCAUUGGGGUUACAGCAAUUGAACUAUCAAAUCACUUGCAGAAUUUGAAGUUGAAGGGAGAAAUAACAUACGAGGUUAAGGACCCGGCUUAUUGUUAUUCAGUUAUGCAAGUUCCUGGGGAUUUUUGCUCUCUCUCAGCCCAUCUUACGACAUGGUUAUCAGAGUUGGAACGUUUUAAGGUUCGAAGAUUAGAUGCAAUGUUUAAUGCUGCAGUCUUUGCUGUAAAUGAGUGUGAGAAGAUGCAAGGCUGCAAUGACUCCCAGCACACUCCUUGCUUGCAAAGGAAGAUUUUGGAUUACUUUAAGGAAGAUGGUAGAAAUGAUAUUACAAACAAGAUGCGUCAAAGCAGCCCAUUUUUGCGAGCGGAUAUAAAGGUUUUUCUGCAGAGUAACUCACAAGCCAAAUUUACCCCCCGAGCCAUUGCGAGAAUAAUGCAGGGCAUUCCUAGCCCAGCCUAUCCAUCUGCAACUUGGUCGAAAACUCAUUUCUGGGGAAGGUAUACUCAUAUAGACUUUCAAGUGGUUAUGGAAGCUGCAAAGACAGAAUUAAUGCAUUUUGCUGGGAAAGAAGCAAUGUAGCUUUUAAAAGUACUGGACAUGCCCUCCUACUUAACUAGAGGAGAUAGAACAUUAGAACUGAAGCCAUGCUCUUCCUGAGCUGAUCUCUUUUAGUUAAAUAAAGCAACACCUGAGUUGUUUCCUUGCAGAGGUUUUAUGGAUUGGGAGUUGAAUCACAAUUUGCAAACACAGCAUGAAUCAGAUUACUAUGCCAAUUCUUUUCAGUCUGGUUUUACCUGAGAGGCUUAUGAUUUCCUUUCUGCAAAAAAAGAACCUGGCAGGAUUACUGAAUUAUCCGAGACUGGAGAAUCUGUGCUAUACUGCUAUAGAUCAAAUUAUUGAAAGACAUUAAAGCAAUGAAGGUGUCAAUAGUAGAAUCAAUGUAUAUAUUCUUCUAUUCAUAGUACUAUUUUUUUUUCUCCAAUCAUCAAAUUGUAGUGACAUUAACUUUGAGAAUUGGCUUUGUAGAUAAGGAUGUUUGAGCACAUGAGUAUAAGUUAAAAGAAUCUGGAUUAUGCUUUUUUCUUUUCUUUCCA